AUAAGACCACUUGAGCAACCGAAUUGCCAGCUUCGGUUACUUGUACCCUUUUGCUGGGACAUGGGCUGGCUAGCGUAGUGGUCUGCCACCGCCAUGACAGGAAUGGGCCUAUAAGUCUGAUUUCUUCGACUUCAUCCACCUUCGUUGGAUUAGUGGUACGGUCAAGGAUUGGUCUGCUUUUUAUAAGGAGGCUUACUGGUGCUGCAAGCUAGGCGGUUACAUUGAGCAUAUGGACGCCUCCGGUACUGCUCUCUCGGACGAUGGUUCCUUGAAUAAUAAGGUUCAUGCCCUGAGCCAAUGGAGCCCCAUGUGGCAGGAGGGUGGGAGGAAGACUGGGUAUGAAAUUGAUCUGCACAGUAACAACAUGAUAGAAAACGUAAUGAAAGAGGCAGGUUUUGUAAAUAUAGUAUCGAAGGAUUAUAAGGUCUCUGUCUCCCUAUGGUCCAAGGACAAGAAGUUGUACGAAGUUGGUCUCUACUUUGUGAUGAACCACUACAAGCACAAGAGUAUAUCGCUGGGAAUAAGAACAACGGUAGUAGUAGCCAAAAGGUACUGAUUGAUUGUAGAAACUGUUGCUUGCUGAAGAGCCCUCUAUAUAAGAAGGCCGGGG